AACAUGUUUAAGAUAUAAAUUUGAUUAUCUGACCCUCAUGUCUCUAUUUUUUGUUCUUGUUGUUACACUAGCGAAUGAAUCUUCAACGAAACAAUAUCUAAAAUUCUCUGCGGGGUUCUCAAGUACUGCUUUAUAAAUUUUGCAGCCAGCUAGUCCCUCUUUCACUCUCCCUUCCUGUGUGUGCUUUGUAAUGGGGGUCUUGAGCUUCUUUUUCUUUGUUUUUUUGGUGUCUCAGGUUGGUUUUGGACAGCAAACUACUGAUCCUAAAGAAGUGGAUGCUCUAAACAAAUUGAUAGAUUACUGGAAUUUGAGAGACAGGUUGAAUAUUACUGAUGACCCCUGCAUCCAGAAUGCAACAUGGGCUAAUGAAAUAGCAAAUCCUAGAGUUGCUUGUGAUUGCGGCGGCAACACUUGCCAUAUCACUCACCUGAAGAUUUAUGCUUUGGACAUUUCUGGUGAGAUACCAAGUGAACUGUUUGUCCUUAAGGAUCUGAUGGACUUGAAUCUUGGUCAAAAUGUACUAAAUGGUUCCAUCCCAGCAGAAAUCGAACAGCUGUCGAAUAUGCAAUACCUUAGCCUCGGCAUCAACAACUUCACUGGUCCAGUGCCUCAAGAACUUGGAAAUCUAACCAAGUUGAUUAUCCUAAGUUUUAGCUCGAACAAUUUCGUUGGAUCACUGCCUACAUCCCUUGGAAAGUUGACCUCCUUGCAGGAGCUGUAUAUUGAUAGCAGUGGAGUCAGUGGACCGAUCCCGCAAGAAUUAGCAAAUCUGAAAUCUCUUCAAAUUCUCUGGGCAUCUGAUAACCAGUUCACCGGAAAGCUUCCAGACUUCUUUGGAACUCUGACAGAACUCAGGACCCUGCGGCUUCAAGGGACAUUGCUUGAAGGUCCAAUUCCAAACAGUUUUAGUGCUCUAAACAAGCUGGAAGACCUGAGAAUCGGCGAUCUUAGCGGUGAAGAUUCUUCCCUUGAGUUCUUGCAAAACCAAAAAACUUUGUCUAUAUUGAUCUUGAGAAACUGUCUACUGUCAGGAAAAAUUCCAGACCAACUGGGGGAAUUUUCUAAGUUGCAAGAACUGGAUUUGAGUUUCAACAAAUUAACAGGUCAAAUUCCAGAAUCAUUUCAAGAUUUAGUUUCGUUACAGUAUCUGUAUCUUGGAAGCAACAACUUGAAUGGACAGCUCCCUGCAAAUAUCCUAGGUCCAAAUAUAAUUGCAAUAGAUGUCUCAUUCAAUCCCCUUUCUGGAAGUUUGCCACAAAACUUUGCCAAGGCUGGAUUAUCGAUGAAUGUUGUCGGAACUUCCAUUGAUGCAAACAAUUUACAGGACAAGAAGGCUUCUGGGAUGUUGCAGUGCCUCCAAGCUGAUUUCAAGUGCAGCAACAAAGUUCCAUCAAAAUCAUUUUCUGUCAAAUGUGGAGGCACAGGCCAAACGUCUGCAUCUGGGGUUGAAUAUGAAGGUGAUUUUGAGUCAAUGGGAUCUGCUUCACUAUACACAAGCUCAGAAAAUCUAUGGGCAGUAAGCAAUACUGGAAAUUUCAUUUCGAACCCAAACGGACCCCAAUACAUAGCACAGACAGGCUCUCAGAUCACAGGAACUUUGGACUCUGAGCUAUAUAAGACAGCAAGGAUUUCGCCGAGCUCGUUGAGGUACUAUGGCCUUGGUCUAAAGAAUGGAAUAUACAGUGUUGAGCUUCACUUUGCAGAGAUAGGAAUGGUUGACUCUCACUCUUGGAAAGGUCUCGGAAGGCGCAUAUUCGACGUUUACAUUCAGGGAGAGAGAGUUCUCAAGGACUUCAACAUAAAAGAAGCAGCUGGUGGAUCCAAGAAAGCCUUGAUUAAAACAUUGGAAGCAAACGUGACAAACACAAUCAUGGACAUUCACUUCUUUUGGGCUGGUAAAGGCACUUGCUGCAUUCCAUAUCAAUCCACAUAUGGACCUUUAGUAUCAGCCAUUCAUGUUUCUCGAGCAUCUGAUGCUGCUGGCUCUUCCAAAGGGGACAAGAAACGUAUAGGAAAACUCAUCGGGAUAUCAGUGGCAUGUGUAGCUGGGCUUGUGAUCAUCUCUUCUGUAUUUUAUCUAUGGUGGAUAAAGGAGGAUUCACCUAAGCACAAGAGAAUUUACACAGAUUCACCCAGGAAAUGAUCAAUGCCAAGAACUUGAGCCCUAAAAGGAUCCUGCAAAGUACCAUGUGGAUAAUCAAUUUUCAGGCAAGAAUGCCUUAAGCAAUAUAAUCGUGAAACAAUGUAUCACCAGUAUAUGCUAUGUAUUUCAGGCCAGGUUUUUACUUUGCUUUACAAGAAUCCUAAUCAACGUGAAGGUUAGGGUACCAGGUUCUAUGCUUCCUUGUUAGAUUUAUGUACUAGAACUGUAUAUAUAUAGUCAAUAAAGUUGGUUGAGUGUAACCAUGUUUUGACGA